AGAGGCCCGGAUGGAGGACGCGGGGACGCGCCGUUGCUAUGGCAGCCGGGUCCUCUCGGCCGUGGGAGGAGGUGCUGGGGUCUCCCUCGCCUCCCUGUCAGAGCUUAGAAAGAGGAAGAGAGGAGAAUUCCCCCGGCCAUCUCUGUGACCCCAGCCGCUGCAUCUUAUACAGCAUUAUUCUUUAACAAACGGAAAAUGGAUGAAAAUAAAGAUAUGGACUCAAAAGAAAGUGGAGAAUAUGAAGACGACUUUGAAAAGGACCUGGAAUGGUUAAUAAAUGAAAAAGAAAAAAGUGGUGCCAGCAUAAUAGAGAUGGCUUGUGGGAAUGAAGAGAAUAUUAACCAAGAAUUAAAAGACAAUGAAACAGAAGUAGAACACACCAAACAACAUUCUGAUCCUGACAAAUCUUCGAAGGAUGAGCUUUCACCAAGAAGAAAUGACUUCAUUUCUGUACCAAGUAUUCAACCUUUGGAUCCCAUAUCAGAUUCAGACAGUGAAAACUCUUUCCAGGAAUCCAAAGUGGAAAGUCAGAGAGACCUGGAAGAGGAAGAGGAUGAGGAAGUAAGGAGAUAUAUUAUGGAGAAAAUUAUACAAGCCAACAAGAUUCUACAGAAUCAAGAACCUGUGAAUGAUAAAAGGGAGCGAAAACUUAAGUUCAAAGAUAAAUUAGUUGAUCUGGAAGUUCCUCCACUGGAAGACACUGAUACUCACAAAAAUUAUUUUGAAAAUGAAAGUAGUAUGUCAGGAAAACUGUCACAGUUAUGUAUUUCCAAUGAAUUUGGACAAGAAAAUGUGCUCCUGUCACUAACUGAUGGAAAUUGUGAAGAAAACAAGGAUAGGAAAAUACUAGUAGAGAAAGAUGGAAAGUUUGAACUUCUAAAUUUACAAGACAUUGAGAGUCAGGGGUUUUUGCCCCCCAUUAAUGCUAAUAGUACAGAAAAUGAACCUCACCAGUUGUCACCCAGAUCUUCCAACUCAAAUGUCAAUGGGGCUAAGAAAGAAGAGCCUAUAGCAAAGAUUCAUGCUAUUGCUUACUCAUCAACAGAAGAGCCACUGGCUUAUAUCCCUCAGCCGCCACCCAACCCCAAGACUCGUCCAAGCUCUGCUGUCAACUCGGAUCGAAGUAAGGGGAAUGGAAAAGCUAAUCACAGGAUACAGUCUGCAAAUAUAUCUCCAGUGACCUCAACAUAUUGUCUUUCCCCUCGACAAAAAGAACUGCAAAAACGGCUAGAACAAAAGAGAGAAAAGCUAAAGAGAGAGGAAGAACAACGUAAAAUAGAAGAAGAGAAAGAAAAGAAAAAAGAGAAUGACAUCGUAUUUAAAGCAUGGUUGCAAAAGAAAAGAGAGCAGGUCCUAGAAAUGAGGAGAAUUCAGCGAGCAAAGCAAAUCGAAGACAUGAAUAGUAGACAGGAAAACAGAGAUCCACAACAAGCCUUUCGAUUAUGGCUUAAAAAAAAGCAUGAAGAGCAGUUGAAAGAAAGAAAGACAGAAGAACUACGAAAGCAAGAGGAAUGCUUAUUCUUCCUUAAAGGAACAGAGGGCCGCGAGCGGGCCUUUAAACAAUGGUUGCGAAGGAAACGGAUUGAAAAACUAGCAGAGCAACAAGCUGCCAGAGAAAGAACUAGACAGCUCCGACUAGAAGCAAAGCAUUCUAAACAAUUGCAGAGCCACCUAUAUAUGUCAGAAGCCACAUCUUUUCGUUUUACUGAUCAUUAUAACUGAAAGUAUCUACUAAAUACUUCGUUUAUUUGGAAGCUGCUAUCCUCAAAAUUUUGGGUAUCAUUUCUUAUGGCUUAUGUGAUUUGGUCAUACUGUAAAUUAUGGAAAUGCUUUUUAUCUUUUGGCGAUACAGUGAAUUUUUUUUUUAAUACUAAACAAAAUAAAUUUCUUCUCUCGCA